AUGGCAACAGACGUCUUUCAGCAGAAGCCCUUCAACUUCCCGAAGGCCUAUGAGGUCCUGGGGGGGCGCAGCGACGUGCGGGCGAAGCGGAAGACGGAGAUCAUCUGCACCAUCGGGCCCAAGUCCUGGGAUCCCCAGGUGCUGGCAGGUCUCAUCGGCGCAGGGAUGAACACCGUCCGCUGCAACAUGUCUCACGGAGACCACGAGGAGCAGACCAUGAAGCUCCAAAACUUGGCCAAGGCCUACGAGCUCGUCCCCGAGGCCGUUGGCAGCGUGAAGGUUUUGAUGGACACCCGGGGCCCCGAGAUCCGCACCGGGUACUUCGAGGUCUACAAUGAGAAGAAGAAGCUGAAGGCCGGGCAGCCAUUCCGGCUCUUGACGGAUUAUAGCAUCAAGGGGGACGAGAGUGCGGUGGCCAUCACUUACCAAGACCUGCCGCAGGACGUGAAGCCUGGCCAGCGCAUUCUGCUACAAGAUGGAACCAUCGUUCUCGAGGUGACUGGGACUGGUGGCGAUUGGGUGGACACCAAGGUGCUGAAUGACGGAAGGCUGGGGGAGAAGAAGAAUGUGAACGUGCCUGGGGUGAGGAUCAACUUGCCGGUGGUCGGCGAGCGCGAGAUCCACGAUAUUGCGCCCCGCUGA